AUGUCAAAAAGAACUAAGGCUUUAGCCAGAGACCCUGAGGGGUUUGUAAUCCCAGAGAAGCUGCGUGGUACUCCCAGCCCCGAAACAGAUCCAAAUCUUAAAGAAAACUGGCCAAUUUCAAAUAACCAAAUAUCAAAACUGAACUUCUCUAGGACACAGCUUCAAACCAGAUGUAGGCUUUUCAAAACAAUUAGAUCUGCUCUUGAAAACCCAAAACAGUCCAAGGCUAUCACAAACUCAGUGUUUAACCAAAUAAGAAAAGGACUAUUCGAACUCCCAAGCCAUUCAUCAUUUACCUCAAGUCUGAAGGAAAUUAUAAAAUUGAUUUUAGAAGGAGGAGGAAUUCCAAGCGUGUUUUUACAGUCAGUCUCGGAUUGGACAGGAUCAGAUUCUGCUGAGAAAUGUCUUGAAAACUUAAUUUUUGAUCUUCAAGAUAAUAACACUUCUAUACUUCAAUACUACCCAAUUAAGCCCAAGAAGCCUUCUGAUUUUCACUUUUCUGAAAUAUUUACUGAUUUCUUUCUUGGAAUUGGUGAUGCAUUAUGCAAAAGUAUUGUAAAAGAUAUCCAUCUUGAGUCUAUUUCAAUUACAUGUAGAUGGGUUAAAACAAUAGCAAAUGCAUCAAUUAGACCUCUAAGACAUUCAGGAUGUGUUGCUUUGAAUGGGAUUUUAAGGAGUCUUAUUUCAACCAAACUUGAGCUCUUAGAAAAGCUCUCCAGAUUCAAAAUCCAACUUGAAAAUGAAUCUCCAGGUACUGGAGCUAAAGAAAGUCUGGAAGAAGAGCUAUCUAAAGCCAGUAAAUUAUGUGAAAAACUGGAUAAUCUUAUUAAAGAUAUAGUAUCUGACUCUUGGAUCUCAAGAGCUCAAGAUGUGAGCCCAGAUAUACGUAAUAACUGCCUUUGCAAUCUUUCUGAAGGUAUUUUACAACCACAUAUGGCUAAUAUAGUUUGUGAAUCUGAAAUCCCCUCAUUGCUUAUUGGCCUUCUUCCAGAAGAACUGAACUCUAAUCGUAUUCAAAUUCUUCGUUCUAUUUUGAUUUGCAUAGAGACUGAAGAAAUACUUAAGAAAUGUAGUGUAAUUUUGACGGAAAAGUCUUUUCUAAGAAGCCUUAAGAAUUUGGUUGCUCUUGCCUCUAAGCUACCUUCUGAUUCUGAAGUCUCUUCAUGCGGAGAAUUAGCGCUUAGAGUAUUAAUAGGUCUUCUUAAGAACGAACUUCUUCACGAAGAAUUUGUUGAUGAAAUUGUAGACUUACUUUGGCUUGGCCCAUCUUCGGCAGAGAUCAGCUCCCUUCUUGCUGAAUUUGUUGACUCUUCCCUUUUUGAAGGUGGAAUUUCUCACGAAAAUAUUGAAUCACGGGAGCUAAUUGAUCUUGCAAACCACCAAAUUGAUAACAAAAAAAUCAGAAGUUUAAUGAAUUUAGACGGGCUCAAAACUCUUGAACCUAGCAGAAUUAGAUCGGAUUUGCAAACCUUACUGGAGUUUAUUCACGAAUUUGGAAGAGAUUUAGUUGUUCUUACGCACAGAUGUGUAAAUGCUUUUUGGUCCAAAGCUCCUUGUGUUAGAGACUCAAAGUUCCUUGUGGAGAUGCUUCUAGCAACAGAAUGCUCAUCAAGUUCCCAACUUGAACCAUUAGAUGAAGGGAUGAGGAAAGCUCUGCUGCUAGUUUUACAUGCUAAUGUUUCUCGGAUUGAAGAUUUAUUACUUAUGGAAUCUCAAGAUAUUUCAAACUCAUCAUAUUUUAAAUCCGAGUCCUUAUUGUGUAAAUACAGAGCAUUCAUUGUUAUUUCUGUGAUUCUUGAAUAUAUGGAACCUCUGAUUUUAUUACACGAACAAAAUAUUGAUUGUCUUACAAUCUUACUUUCAAUAUUCUCAAUAUGUAUAAGUCUUUAUUGCAGAACAGCACAAGAUAAAGAGAACUCAAGUUUCAUUCCGUCUGGAAUGAAACAUUUUCCCCUUAAAAAGCUUAUAGCUCUUCUUAAUAGCCACACUGACUCAAGAGUUAUUGAUGGAAUUUGCAUGACUUUUUCUCCAAUUGUCAAUCUAGAUUGUAAAAAUCUUCUAUUUAAUGAAAGCUCUUUAAUUGAUAUUAAAUCAGAGAUUGGACUCCUUAAUAAAAAUUUUGUAAACACUUUCUUCACAUCUGGAAGAGAGUUUCUGGCAAAUACAGACGGACUUUUGUACUCUGAUGUAGCUGAAAAUACAUCCAAGUCGAAAAAAUCUAAGAAAUCUUCAACAAAACCCAAUAAUCCACAAAACUCUGUGUUAAAUACGAUGUGUAACUUCAGAAAAGCUUUUGGAGUUGUUAAAUACCUUACCACUAUUAAUAUAUACCUGUCAAAUCAGUUCAGAGAUAACUUAUCAUCAUAUAAAUCUUCAGAGAUGUCACCAGAACAAGGAUCAGGGGUUCCCUUAUCAUUUGAAACUCUUUUUGAGGUUCUUGAAAGAGCUGAAAGAAUCAUUCAACUGAAUCUUGAUCAAAUUCUCACGCAUCAAUGUACUCAACUAUAUAGUCUUACACUUGAUAUGAUAACCACAGGAUAUGCUCACCUUGUCCAAGAUCUUCUACAAGGAAUAGAUGCUGAGUCCAUUGAUAAUAAUGAAAUGGAUCUUGAGAAUAACCAAGCAAGCGAAAAUAGUUACCUCACUUUAAAUAAUCUCAAAGAAUCUACAAUUGAUAUUUAUAAGGCUGUGAGACACAAGCUAAGCAGUAUUUUACUUGAGUCCCUUAGAAAUAAUAUCAAGCACAAAUCAGUAAAUAACCAAUGUCUCAACUUAAUUAGCCUUCUUUCUAUGUGUUCUAUUCUUGUGAUGAUGGGACUUCAGGGGACUGUUGAAAACAACUUGCAAGAUCCAGAUGGAGAAUGUGAGGUUAAAUGGAGUCUCACAGAUUCUGAAUUAGCGUUAAUUACUAAAGAGUUAAUUUACUGGACUUGUUCAAAUCGUGUUAAGAAUAUAGAUGAUUUUAAACCCUCGAAACUUUCAUCUUCUUUGAUCGAAGGGUUUAAUAAUAUUUUGAACUUUUCUGAUAAAGACAAACCGUACUACUUACUUUACCCAAGCUGCAGAAUUUUUGAACCUCUGGAUAAUUUAAAAGAUGAAUCAUUUGUAACAACACCUGAGACUUUGGACACCUAUAAGAAUAAACUCAACGAUUUCCUUAGUCAUCCAUUUUCACCAGGAUGUAUUCUUGCCAUAAUAUCUGUUUCUUCCCAGUAUAAAACCACAUCACAAGUCUUUACUCCAAUUCUCGUAAAUUACUUGACAGAUAUUGAGGAUAUUAUGAUUAAUAACUAUUAUUUGGAAACCAUUCAAGCAAAUUUGGGAUCUGAAUCAAACAAGGAAAGAAUUGCAUUUUCGAAUAAUUUCAUCAAAUUUGCAUUAUUCAGAGAAGGCCAAGAGAAUUUAGGUGUAUUUACUUGUAUUUUAAUUUGUCUCAUUAUUUCUUAUGUCCAAGAUAAUCACAUGAGAGCCCAACAACUUAGUAAAAAACUUUUCCCAACAUUAUCUUCCAGGAUUGGAUGGAAAAAAUUAGAAGAAUUAAUUAAAUCCAACUCAUCAGAUCUCUCAAGAUCAAUUCUUGAAUGCUUGCGAUUUUCUCUUUUUGGAGAGAUAUCACUUCCAGUAUUUGCAGACAUUAUUUCAAGAGAUGAACUUAUUGAGAAGAGCAUCAAAACAAAAGGAAUUAUUAAUCUCUUCUUAGAUUUUCUCACAACCCAAAAUGCUCCAGGAGGAAAAACCGUGAUCAGUACGCUUUCUACUCCAGAAAUCCAAAGAAUUCUGGAUCAGGCUAAAGCUCUUUGCGAUUUUGAUGGAAAAAAUUCAUCCAGUGGUGGUAGGCUUUCAAUUAUCUUGAAUAAGGAACUCUUUGAUAAUGAUGUAAUGAAUUUCUUAGAUGUUAUUUCGGGCCAAUCUGUCAAGAAAACUUCCAAUAAGAACAAAAGCUCCUACAAGCAGACCACUAAUACAGAUUCUGAAGAUAAUUCGUUGAAUUUUUCAGGGGAAAACAACAUCACUGGCUCAUCAAAAUGUAAAUAUAGGCCAAAAAGAAAAAGACCUUCAAGAGCUUCAAAAUCAAAAGUUAUAUACUUGGAAGAUGAUGAAGAUGGUGUUGAUUUUGAUAGUGAAAUAGAAGAUGAAAUUAUUGAAGAUUCCAACUCAUCUGAUAAUGAGAACGAACUCGAAGUUGAGAACGACUAG